UUCAGACUGCCGGUCCCUGCAUGGCAACAGGCGGGAGGGAUUCCCCUGCUCGUCGCCUCUCUGUCUUUUGCUCCUGAGUUACAAAGAAUCGGUCGGUCCGGCUGCUCCUCCCGGUGCGCCAGUGAGCGGCGGCAUGUCUUGGAACCAAAGUGCGCGGAGCAGAAACUUUAAACCCGGGGAUAUUUAACCAAAAUAAGAGAAGAAAAAAAACCAAAGCAGUCUUAAGAAGAAUAUAGCGAGGACGACUCCUCAUACACAUUCUAACAGAUGAGGCAGCCUCCAAAUGACGUCGAGAUGGCAUUAGGUGGGACUCUACUUCCAUCAAUUUCCACGUUUGCCAGCGGCCCCACUGUCAAGAGUAAACCCACUGGAAGUGCCAAUUUAAGAUGGAAGGAGGAGUUGUCCCUUCUUAAGAGAUUCAGCGUGCCAGCCGGAAGCAGCUGCCCUGACCCAGACCAUCCCACUGCCACCAGCACAACAAGCCCUAGCAUGUCCAAGAAAGACUCCGAGCUAGAUCUGGACUUAGACUAUGACUUUAUAUUGUCCAACUCCAUCCUGCAGCAACAGCAGCAACAGCAGCAGCAACAGCAGCAACAACAGGAGGACGCCAUGGCGUGCAGCUCUGCUCAGGCCUUGUCUCCUUCCCCUGGUUCCUUCUCCUCGUCGUACCCUCUUCCCUCCCCUCAGGGCACUGCCAGUGAGCUGCUCUAUACCAUCCCAGACAUCAGUGAUGUUUCGCCCUCUGGAGGCUUUGUGGCAGAACUCAUGAGGCCCGAGUUGGACCCGGCGUACCUCCACCCGACCAGCCUCCACGGCAAGUUUGUGGUCAAAACAACAAUGGACAUGGGAGAAUAUAGCCAGAGCAUGAGCAAGGCCUGCGUCAGUGCCGUGUCAGACCCGACUCCUUCUCGUGCCUCGCCGUCCUUUGCUUGCCACAGGAUAAAGCAGGAGAACCCCAGUAACUGCACCAUCUCGCAGCCUAUCGACCUUCACCUCACUGGGGUAAACUCCCAGGGACGAGGCAGCCAGCAGCAGCGCCCCGCUCACUUGGAUCUACACAGGUUCCCUGGCGGAGGGCGAUCCAUGACGGGCGGCAGGUUAUCCUCAUCCUCCUCCCUCUCCCCAGACCAUCCCCUGAGCCGGGAGCACCAGGUGUUGGGUCAUCCACACUCUCAGAUCCCUCUACCUCCACAGGGAUACCACCAUAGUUCUCCGCAGGGCUACAGCUCCUUCCCUCAGACAUCGGCCAUGCAGUACCAAGAGUCCCUCAUGAUCUCCAGCAGCGACUGCUUGCCGGAGGAGCCAAAGCCUAAACGUGGUAGACGCUCCUGGCCGAGGAAGAGAGUCGCGACACACACUUGUGACUACGUCGGCUGUGGGAAAACUUACACAAAGAGCUCCCAUCUUAAAGCACAUCACCGCACACACACAGGGGAGAAGCCUUACCACUGCGACUGGGAGGGCUGUGGCUGGAAGUUUGCACGUUCAGAUGAGCUCACUCGCCACUACAGGAAACACACAGGCCACCGGCCGUUUCAGUGUCAGAAAUGUGACCGGGCCUUUUCAAGGUCAGACCACCUCGCUCUGCAUAUGAAGAGACACUUAUGAGACUCGGCUGGAGGACCAGACAAGAUGGCGAUGGAUGAAGGCUCCAGGACAAAAAGUAUAUGUUAAUCAAAACCCUGAACAAACUUAUGACCUACACUUUUUAAAAACCAUAAUUUGCCUUCAAGCCGGUGUCAAGCAACAAGACAAGCUGUGGUGUUCAUGGCAAAAAGAGCAUUACUCCUUUAAGAGCCUAGAAUGUCUCUCAAGGCUGAUCCUGUGUUCGCACAUUGUGCAGGUGACUCGACAAGACCUCUCAGCCAGGGUUGUAAACUUUUAUGAAAGGGACCAAACUGGAAUUUGUCUUAUUUAACCGACAAAACUUGGAGGACCAGGUGUCAACAGCUUUUAACUGGAAAUGUAUUUCUGUCAGGGAAACCAGGAGCAACAGACAAACAUCUCCAGAGGCCUUCUACCAGCAACUUGUCAUCAUAGGCUCUGUUAACUACACACUGUUCAAAAUACUGUAUUAAUAAAUACAUCUAUAUUUAUAUAAACAUUUCACCUGCAAUGCCAUUGAUUUCAGGUACAAUGUUAAUUUAUACAGAAUGGUGCUCAGUAACUCUGAAGAAGGUUUUUUUUUUCUUAAAUAAAAGGUACCAAAGAUUAAGGAAAAUAGACAAGAAGGUGAAAUGAAAAGUGCCAUAUGGUUGUUUGUGUGUUUCUUGGAAACCUCUCUUCCACAAUCUGACUUAAAUCAGGUGAACACUUCACUUUUUAAAUGGUGAUGGCAAUCCUCAAUGCACUGCAGCUGCAAAGUGCAAUAAUUUAUAUGAGACAUUCGUAUUUUUGUAUUGAAUGAGUAACUCUGAACAAAGAUUUUUGUUUAUAGCCAAAAUAUGUAAUAUAAUCUUGAAUUUUGUACAUUUGUAAAUAAAAAUGCUUUGUUAUCAUUUUGUAUUUUACAUUAUAAUAAAAUAAAAAAAUGUAUUUGAAGUAAGAA